AUGGUACGAUCGCUUUCGCGCUCGCUUUGGUUCUGGCCCUGGCUCUGGUUCUGCAUUUGGAUUUUCUACACCACUCCAACGGUGUCAUGGCCAUGGACGAAAUUCGUGCCGCUUCCACUCAUCCAGCAGAAUACACAAUGGAACCACGACGCAAUCAACCGGGUCGACGUAUUUUACGGCGCUAACUGCACGGGCAACGUGUUCCCUGGCGCGACGCGGCCCUUUGGGAUGGUGAAAUUAGGGGUGGAUGUAAUAAAUCAUCAAUGGGGCAAUUCCUAUUCUGGAUAUGCUCCGGGUGGAGUCAUUACGGGGUUAUCGAUGAUGCAUGAGAGCGGCACUGGUGGUGCUCCACAGUAUGGCGUGGUGGCGCAAUUGCCAUUCACGAGCGAGUUCAACCCGGAAAUCGAGAUGAAUUUAACGCGGUCUCAGCUGGAUACGGGCAAAGUUGGCUAUUACGCCGUGAAUACUACCGAGGGUGUUGAUAUCGAGCUCGCGGCUGGUGAGCGGUUCGGGAUAUUAAAGUACAAUUUUGAAAAGGGGGUCGAUGCCAAGGUAUUGGUUAAUGUGUCGCAUCAUUUGACGGCGCAGGAGCGGCCGUGGUGGACUCAGCGGUUCGUAAAGGGGAUCAUCGAAGGGACUGAGCUGGGGUACGGUGGGUAUGUGACUCUCAAGGGUGGCUGGGGAAACCAGGAUCCUUGGACGUUGUAUUUCUGCGGCAACUUUUCGGUGCCGGCUAUACAAGUUACUCGGUACAAGGGGAACGCUGUUCAACCUGGAUAUUAUUCUGUUGGAUCUAGCAGAAGAGGCGAUUCAUUUGGGUUGGUGUUUGAUUUCGGUGGUGAGGUCUCGGAAGUGGUGAGUCACGUGGGGAUAUCAUUUAUCUCGCGAGAGCAGGCGUGUUCCAACAUCAACCACGAACAGGACUUCAACUCGCUCGUAUUGGAGACGCAACGGAUAUGGAACGAGGAGGUGUUUGACAAGUUUGAAGUCGUGAGCUCCGACCCUCGGGUGGUUGACCAGUUCUACACCAACUUGUACGGGGCUCACCUCAUUCCAUCAAAUCGCACAGGCGAAAACCCGAACCCCGGUUGGAAACCGGACCAAGUCUACUACGACGAUUUCUUCACCAUCUGGGACACGUUCAGGUGUCUCAACCCCUUGCAUAAUAUAGUCAGCCGCAAACGGGGCUCCGAAAUAGUGCAGGCGUUGACCAACAUCUACUUGAACGAAGGGUGGACCCCCGAUGGCAGGUCAGCGAACCAGAACGGCCGCACGCAAGGCGGAUCCAACUCGGAUAUCGUGAUGGCUGACGCCUUUGUUAAGCACAUCCCCGACGUCGACUGGGAGCAAGCCUACGCGGCAAUGAAGCAGAACGCCGAGGUGCAGCCUCCGUACUGGUACGACUCCUUCGCCCCCGAUGCCUCAACUAAGCAAGGACGCGGCGCAUUACCUGACUGGUUGCAAUACGGCUACAUCACGCGAAACUACACUCGAUCAGUCAGCAGAACCAUGGAGUACGCGUACGACGACUUUGCAUUGAGCCAAGUUGCCAAGGGACUCGGGUUGAGCGACGACCACGCUAAAUACUUGCGCCGGUCAUCGCAAUGGCAGAACAUCUGGAACAAAGAUGCUCAAGCUGAUGGAUACGAUUACAAAGGCUUCAUUCAGCCGCGUGACGCCGACGGGUCAUUCAACUAUGAAGAUUACGACCCCAUGUCCUGUGGCGGGUGUUAUUGGGGAAAUGACGAAUACGAAGGAAAACCAGUUGAGUACGGCUUUGCUGUUCCUCACGAUAUCGCGAAAUUGAUCCAGCUUGUUGGAAGUCUGGAAACAUUUGCCAAGAGGAUUGAUGACUUGUACCCUUUACACGGGAAGAAAAUAGCCGAUGUCGGAAACGAGCCUAGUUUCCUCACUCCAUUCUUGUAUAAUUUCGUUAAUGAGCAGUGGAAGUCUGUGGAGUUGGUGCGGUACAUCAUGCAGCAUGAUUUCCAUUUUGGUGUCAAGAGCUUACCGGGUAACUCCGAUGGGGGCGCCAUGCAAGCGUGGGUCAUCUUCAGCUUGAUUGGGAUAUACCCCAUCGCAGGAACCACUACGUAUCUAAUUGCAUCACCAUUUGUGAACCACUUGAAAUUGCAUUUGGAGAAUGGCGCUGUCUUCGAAGUUAGUGCUCUGGGGUUGUCGCUGGAUAACAUCUAUGUGCAGAGUUUGAAAAUCAAUGGUGAAAAAUGGAACAAGAACUGGGUUGACCAUGACACGUUGUUUGGCCCCAAUGGUGGCUCGAUGGAGUUUGUUUUGGGGUCGUCGCAAGUGGUGUGGGAGACCGGUCCGCCACCACCUAGCUUUGGUCACCUUGAUUAA